AUCUCUUAGUGUUAAAGAUGUCGUGUACUUCUCUGAUCACACGACAUUUAAGGUGGUUUCUAACCAAGAAAAAGGAAUGAAACAUGUGAUACAGGUAUCAGACGGCGGCAAAUUUGAGUGUCUUUUGGCAACAAUGGGAAGAAAGAGAAUGAAAGCAUGGUUGAAAGCUCUAAAUGAAUCCUUAUCCUAUCUCGCGAAUGGUACAAGUCCUGUUCGAGAGCUACUUAAAAGAAAGAACGAAGAAUACGACAAAAAGUUUCACAGUCGACGGUUGAAAGAAUGCGAAAAAUCUUUUAUCCUCUUAACGAAGAAAUGAAACAAAGAAAAUCCGAGAAAGAAAAUGGCAGGAAUAUCCAUAUUGAGGAAAAGUCUUUUCAGUUGAAAUCGGUAAACACUGAUAGAGAUAAAAUAAAAGCCAUAUUUCUUGAUGUAGACAAAAACGGAAACGGUGUCUUGGAAAUUGAUGAAUUUUGUCUUGCGAUGCAAAAUUUUGGAAUUGAGAUGGAAAAAUCAAAAGCAGAAAAAAUGUUUGACUCGAUAGAUGUCGACAACAACGGAAAAAUUACCUUUGAUGAAUUUUACGAUUACUUUGUAAAAGAAAUCUUAGGAGGAAAUACUGUUUCACCGAAAAUCUUUAUGGAAGCAGACAAGAAGGUUAAUGGGCGCUGGAAUAAAUUUGCAGCUUUCAAGCGGGAAGGAGAGAAUGGAGAAAUUGUGAUGACUGGUGGCACAGAUAUUGUUGAAGAUGUUAUUCCCGGAAAAUACAACCUUCAAGAACUUUCGCAGUUUGAAGACCUACCAAAAUUAACGCCCAAGAAAACUGUUGUAAGGGUUUCCUGGGAAUCAAGCAAAAAUACAACAGCUUCAGGAAAUCUAAUCUUUCCAGCCGAUUUCGAUGGAAAUCUAGAAACUGAAAUUGCCACGAGUGAACUUUUAGAUUACUAUGGAUGUACGUUUGCAGAUGCUCGACCAGAGACUGUUUGCAUACCAUGUCGUCACGUGAUACAAGACUUUACUUACAAAGAUAGCUACCUUAAAAAUUACGUGGAGGGGAAAAAUAGAGGAGCCGGGUUAGAAAGACAUGAAUUUGUUUACCUCGACUGCCCGUUAGAUGAUGACUCUGGUUUCUUUGUUUUGGGGAAACUGAGCGAAGAUGAAUUUCACCUCACCGCUUUUAGAGUUCCAAAACGACACACCUUAUAUGUGCCAGCGAACUGCAUUCAUUCUAACGAUUACCUGAAAGGAACGUGGAGAACAAUGCUGUCUGAUGAAAGCAAUAUAGAUCAGGUCUUUCUCAAAAGAAAGACGAAGGAAAAUGGGGAAAACAAAUUGCAAUCAUUUACAUUUAGUUUUGCCCUUUGAUAUAACUUCGUCAUACGCAAGUCAUUUCCAAAAAGGUUUAGAAUAACACAAGAGGAGAGUGUUGAUUUUUUUCAUUUUAUACACAAUACUUGUAAUUAGAUUGU